AUGAUUCCAAUCCGACACCAUCAGCCACUCUUCACACCAGUUCUCAUCCAAACACUCCCAACGCUCACAUGGGAGAACUUGGAGGAACGGUCGAGGCUCGAGGGUGUUGAUCCUUGUUUCCUUCGACGAGCCGAUGGGCUCAGUGAUAGAAGUCCCGAGGAGAGCUUUGAAGAGAUGCGAGAUGUGCCCACGGAUCGAACGUCAUUCUUACCAGCUUCCGAGCCACAACCAGAAUGUUCGCAGCCACGAGUGACGGCUACGAUUAUGCCAAAUCUCAAAGCGACUCCACCAAUGAAGAUCACCUACAAAUCGCUGGAGUGUUAUUUAUGGAUCUCGUCAGAUAGAAUCGUCAUUGCGCAUCAUGACGGAGUGCCACUCUUGGUGUACACUGCUUCGUUCCAAGUUAAACAGGCAUUCGUCUACCAUUUUGGAGACAAAAAAGAUGAAAACUCGGAAUCUGUAUGCAUCAUUGGAGAGAAGAAAAUCGAGAUCAUCACUUCAAAAGGGAUGUUCGACUACGCGUUGCCUUUUGAGAUUGGAAAAGUGAUCCCAACGCCGCUUUGUAUUCUCAUUGAACGAGCCUCUGAAACUGACGAUUUUCUUUCAAAUACGUCCUCAAAUCUUUUCACGUUAACGGACACACUUGUCGGAGUAUUGCCAGCGAUUUUACAUAAGAAAGGUUACACCAACGAAUGGUACUACCCGUUUGAUUGUGAAGAAGUUAAAGUUAUUGGCGCCGAAAAGGAUCUUUUGAUCGUACAUGAUCCAACUCUCGAAACACAUCUCGUUUAUUUGAUCAAAAAGGUCGAGCCCGAUUUCUGGAAUACAGCGGCCCAAGUGACCGAGAAAGAAACGCCCAUUUCAUUGCGUCGUUUUUUAUUGUCACCCUCUAAAAGCCUCAGUGCAUCGAGGCAAAGAAGUUUCCGGACUCCGACUACUGAGCAAAGGACCCCGGGUCGUGGAACGGAGGAACGAGGGAGAUUGGACUUCAUUCAACUUUUGAAACAACGGCGAACGCCUUCAGUUCCUGAUCUUGGACGAACACCUGUGUCAGCUGUCUCAAGUUUUGCCGAAUCAUCGAUGGCCGGGACUAGCACGAUGCAUCAAGAUACUGCAUUCUGGCCAUCUCACUACCCGAAAAUCCACGAAAUAGAAGAGUACGAGUUUGGAGACACGCUUUUCGACGAUUAUUAUGGUACUAAUAUUUGCAUCGAAUUGUUGUUUUCGGAAAAAGCGGUUAAUGCUGCUUCAACCUCAGCCGCAGCUAAAAAGGCGUUUCUUACAACCGAUGUAAUUGGAAUCGAAUAUUUGGCUCUUCUUAUCCCGGUCGUCGAUGAACAGUGCGAGUUACGGCUCUAUAAUCUGGGCGAGUUGCGUAAAGGAAGGAUUUCGAUGGAGGCAACAAUGUGCAAAGAUGCCUCGAGUUUAGCUGAACCCGGUUACAUGAUCGUGCAAGAUCUGAACUCAAAUCUACAGCUGCACUCGGGAAUUAAACGACUAUGCUUGGUGGCUUUAUGUGCAGAGCCAACUCGAACGGACAUCUUCUUUCAAAAUGGCACCGAUGGAUUCUUCUGGAGAAGUCGUGAGUAUGCCUGGAUCUGCAAUUUUUCGAGAUUCCCGAUGACUUUCUCCAACUCAUUAUGCAAACGAAUUUGGGAUGUGCUCGUGCAGACAGUGGAACCAGAGAAAGCAAUUUCGCUCAUCUCUGAAAUCAGAAGCACUUUGACUCCAUUGCAGAAUGUUAAUGAGGAAAUUCAACGCUUCCUUUACUUGGUCAAUCGACACCUUGGCAUUAAACUGUCUGGAGAUUUUUGGGAUCCUGAAUUUAAACUCGCAAUCUCAUCGCCGGAUGUUCCAAGAGGAGGAGAAACGGAAGCAAAAGUGCCACGUCCACGGCGAAAUCUGGAAGAUAUAGCAAGAUGGGCUUUGAGCUAUGAUUUGGAUCCACUGACAAAGGCUUCUCCGACGGUUAAGUACGAGUUUCUACCGAAUGCCUUCUUAUCACCGGAUGUUCAACAUAUUCUCACAGCGCUUCACACUCUCUACGAAACGAUUCAAUUGUUCAAGAGGAAACCACCAGGAUUUGCAUUUUUCAUGAGAAAUCUCUAUGCACUAAAUAGGGCGCUUGACUGUGUUGACCGAGCACAGAUUUACGCCUCUGACGACUCAAAUUUGCGCAAAAUUCGAUUCGUAACCGAUAAUUCACAAGCAAUCGUGAAGCCAGCUGAGAAUUUGCCACUUUAUGUCCCAGCGCAAAUCGACAUCUUGAUGCAAUCGAGAGCGCUCACCGCUUUGCCACCAAAUGUUUCCAAGGAUGUAGCCGUUGUUUUGCUCGCUUUGGCCACCGCGUACGAAAGGGUGAAUCUAGCUGGCGAUUUGUACCAAUUCUUGGGGAAUGCGCGGAAGUUUUUCAAAGAUCAUCCCAUUGGUAAAUCAUCGCUCACAAGUGCCAAUUUUGUUAGCAAAACGUCUCUAGAAAGGCUCGAAUUUCUACUCGACGAAUUCCCGACGAUUCUCAACUUUUCCAGCCUCUCGCCAAUGCUCGAAUUUCUACUCAAGUUCAAGCUUUUCCAGCUAUCGGAAAAUAGCCGAUUCUUGAAGAUAAAGAAAAUCGAUUUUCAACAACCUGACGGGAUUGCUUCAAAUGAGGAGGGACGUUUAAUUUGUCGCUACCGAUGGCCACAUGACAUCCGCUUAUUCAAUGUGGAAAGUCUGCUGGAUAGUUCUCGACCUACUUUCAUCCCGAAAAGAAAUCACCAAAAUGAAGCCGAUGCGCGUGAAAUGUCCGAUCAAUUUGUCCUUACCGUUGCCAUUCGAACGAUGACACUGGCGUUUGGGAUUGCUGCUUUACAAUUGAGAUCCGUCCGUUUAUAUGUAAACCAACCGUUCAUUGUGCCCGAGAUCUGUUUCAGCGGUCGCUCAUUCCCCGAAAAUCGUCCCAUCGAAUUGACUAUUGGAGAUGGCCUACGAUCGGUGCGUGAUUGGGGUGAUUUUUACCAUGGAGUCUCCAGGGGAUUGUCGAUUCGGGCAGCCGAUGAGCAUUUGAUAUCCGGAGAAUGGAUUCAGAACGUAUUUACCGAGCAAAGUAAACCAUCAGCAACGGGAGCACAAGCAGCCAACAAUCAGAAUGUAAAACCCUCAGCUGCCUCUGCUGGAUUGCUACUCGGUCUCGGUUUGAACAACCAUCUGCCCGUGCUGAACAUCUAUAAUACACAUCAGAUGCUCGCCUCGCAAGACAAAUUUACUUCCGUUGCCCUACUUCUUGGCUAUGGGGCGUCGAAAAUUGGCACUGGAGAUGAACAGGCAAAUUGC